CUUCCUGCUCCACAUCGAACAGGAAACGUCAGCCCCCAAAAGCAUCCACCAAGGCGUCCCACCAGCACUCUCACAGCAGCAUCUCUUCCAUGGGUGCCAAUGAGGUAGGCAAGAGCAUAGAAGACCUUGCUGAGAAUGAGGAAUCUCUACAGCCAAUGAUGGUGGGAAGCAGCUUCCUGGAUGCCAAGACCCAGAGACGUUUUACAAAACGCAGUGUGUAUGUAUCAGUCGGGCACGGCCCGUCCUCAUUUGCAAAGAUGCCUCCCCAGAGCAAAAGCCGAACUACCAGGCUGCGUACAGCAUCGUUGCUGACCACAGAGCAUUCAGCAAACAGUGAAGAAAGCCACGAAACUGGUGAUUCUGAAGGUUCUCUCAUGAGUCCAAUGAAGAACUUCACCUCUCUGCGGCGUCAGUGCUACUCCAGUGACCCCCGAUUCCUUUGCAGGCAGUGCCCCUGUGUGUCCGCUCCCGAGUGCCUCUGAAGAGCCUCCUGACCAAAGUCCGCCGCCACUUCUCCAGCUGCCGCCUGCAGGACAAAACUGAGCCUGCCACCAGAGCGGCGUGUGUGUGUCUGUGUCUGUAUGUCUGUGUGUCUGUUCAAAGGACAAUGAAACAAAGAGCCAAAGCUUUAAGUGGAACCCUGAGUGGCCAACAGGCGAUCCCGCAAUUCUGUCGACCAUUUUUGUUUUUUGUUUUUUUAAAAAUGUGUUAAAACUCACGCUUUUUGAAUGUUCAGUGCUCAACAAUGUGAAAGGAAAGUACGGAUUUCUGAGUAGAGCGAAGAAGAGAAGUUUUUAUAUAUCUAUAUAUCUAUAUAUCUAUCACUGGAGCAAAGGUGAUCCCUUUGCUUGAAUAUCUACCUCAGUUUGCCGGGUGGCAUUACCUCAUGUUUUUUUGUGUUGUGAGUUGGUCUCGGCUACAUAACUGACGAUAACUUCCUAGUAGUCCCAUGUAUUUUCCCUCCAUUUUAUGUGUAGGGUG